AUGUCAGUAGGAACGCCUAUCAAAUUAAUACAUGAGGGAAUAGGUCAUACCAUAUCAGUUGAAACAAAAUCCGGAAUCCUUUAUAGAGGGACACUGUUAUUCGCAGAAGAUAAUAUGAAUUGCUUGCUGUCAAAUGUCACAGUUGUUAAGCAAGACGGAAAGCAAGUUUUGUUAGAGCAAGUUUAUAUAAGAGGAGGCAGCGUUUCAUUUAUGAUUUUUCCAGAUAUGCUUAGAUAUGCCCCAAUAUUUAAAAUAAAUAAAUCAAAGGCUAAGACAAAUUUUGCAACUAUUAGAAGAGCAAUGGAAGCACACGCUCGAAUAGCUUCAAAAGGCAAAGACUUGAAGGCAUAG